AUGCCUAUCCCAGCUCCCAAAGGCGACUCGCUCAAAGACCUCUUCUCCCUCAAGGGCAAGGUCGUCAUCGUCACUGGAGCAUCCGGCCCAACCGGUAUCGGCACAGAAGCAGCCCGUGGCUGCGCAGAAUUUGGUGCGGACGUCGCCAUCACAUACUCUUCGCGGCCACAGGGCGGCGAGAAGAACGCCAAAGAGCUGUCCGAGAAGUAUGGUGUCAAAGCUAAGGCAUACAAGGCCAACGUCGGCGACUACGCUGAAGUGGAGAAGUUGGUCGCCGAUGUGAUCAAGGACUUUGGCAAGGUCGAUGUCUUUAUCGCCAAUGCCGGCCGGACCGCCGACAGCGGUAUUCUCGAUGCUCCCGUGGAGAAGUGGAAUGAGGUCAUCCAGACCGAUUUGACCGGUGUCUACCACUGUGCGAGAGCCGUUGGUCUGCAUUUCAGAGAAAGAAAGACUGGCAGCUUCAUCAUCACUGCCUCCAUGUCCGGCCACAUCGCCAACUUCCCUCAAGAACAGACAUCCUACAACGUCGCCAAAGCCGGCUGCAUCCACCUGUCACGAUCGCUGGCCAACGAAUGGCGCGACUUCGCACGUGUUAACUCCAUCUCACCCGGAUAUAUCGACACCGGCCUGUCUGACUUCGUGGCCAAGGACAUCCAAGAGCUCUGGCAUAGCAUGAUCCCUCUUGGCCGUGACGCCAAGGCCACCGAGCUGAAGGGUGCCUACGUCUACCUUGCCUCUGAUGCCAGCUCGUACACCACCGGCACAGAUAUUGUCAUUGACGGUGGGUACACCGCAAGAUAG